AUGUCGGACUUGCGGGCAGACCAGGUGCCCCGGAGGGUCCACAUCGCACUGGUCCGCAGGAAGGUCCGCAAGCUCUUCGUGGGCGGCGUGCCGCAGGGGAUGGGCGAGGACGAGCUGCAGGCGAUCUUCGAGCGGUACGCUCAGGUGGAGCGGGUGUGGCUCCAGCGACAUCGCAGCGAGAAGCACCACAAGCAGCACCGCGGCUUCGGCUACGUCGUCUUCCGCGACUCGGGCGCCGCCGACAGGCUGCUGGGCGAGUCGUUCUCCAGGUUUCUAGAGCCCGGGGGCGGGGUGCGCCUCGAGGUGAAGCGCGCCCUGAGCAGCAGGGAGAUCCAGAGCGGCGUGCCGUGGAGCCCCGAGACCGACGGGAGCCUGAACGACCUGAGCGGCGUUCCCUCGCCGAGCCCCGAGCCAGCGGAGCAGCGCCGCCUCGCGUGGGGGGGCGACCGGGGCCUGGCGCCAUACCAGCAGCACCUCGUGGUGGCCCAGGUGCCCGCCUUCCCGCCCUCCCGGGAGGAGGCCCUCAUGAGGACCCCGCCGCAGGCGCGGCGGGCGUUCCACGCCGCCGACAGCGGCGGCGACGCAGGGACGCCGCAGGUCUUCUUCUCACCGUUCCCGACGCCCACGUACCAGCAGCAGCUCGCCCCUGUGGUGCAGGAGCCGGCGCGCCCAGACACGUUGCUGGCGCUAUACGCGGCGCCCUUCGGCGGCGCGCGGGCGCUGGAGUCCGCGCUGCGGGCGGCCAUGCCCGAGUCCUACGAGGACUGAGCGCGGCGCGGAGCGAGGCCUGCCGCGGGCCCGGCUCACCGCCGAGCUCUCGCGCGGCGCGCCCUUCCGUGCGCCGCUCGUGCGCGCCCCCGUCUCCCCGAGCGGCGCUGCUCUCCCUCCUUCGCCAGGCGCAGGCGCGGCGCGCGCAGGCCGAUCCAGCCCGUCCCGCGCCGAAGCCGGCGCUCCUCCCCGCUGCUGCUGCUGCUGCUGCUGCUGCUGCUGCUGCUGCUGCUGCUGCGUGCCCUCUCUCUCGCACGCCCCGCUGGGGCUCUCGCCGCCGAGGCUUCGGGGCAGCGCCCGGUCAUCCGCAACCGUCGGCCCUCGCGUGGUCCGCGCGGCACCUCUCCCCUGGGCGGCGGUGCGAUCUCCACGCCGGGCGUGGGCCUGCGCGGGCAGGCCAGGCCGAUCUGGCGGCGCUCGCCCUGAGGCCAGCGUGCCUCCCCUCCUGCUCCUGAUCCCGCUGACGCCGCCCGCCUU